AGCGCCGCGCUCCUUGAGGGGCAAUGAAAUCACGGAAGCUGCCAAAGGGCUUCGUGCUUUGUGGCCUCAACUGUCUGACCUUCGUUUACUUCCCGCUCGUCCUGCCCAUCCUGAAAUGCUCGGCCGGGGCCGCGGCCAGCGCCAGCGGCAACGCCAAGGCCAGCGACGAUUUCGACUAUCGCAUGCAACGCGUCCGGAAUGUCCUGAAGGAGGUGCCCCUCAUCGACGGCCACAACGAUCUGCCCUGGAACAUACGCAAGUUCCUCAAGAAUCAGCUAAAGGACUUCCACUUCGGUGGCGAUCUCCGGGAACUGGCUCCCUGGUCGUCGAGUGCCUGGAGCCACACAGACCUGCGCCGCCUCAAGGAGGGCAUGGUCUCGGCACAAUUCUGGUCAGCCUACGCCCCCUGUUCGUCGCAGCAUCUGGAUGCCGUGCAGCUGACACUGGAGCAAAUCGAUCUCAUCCGGCGCCUGGUGCAGCUUUAUCCUCAUCACAUGGCUCUUGUGACGACGGCCACGGGCAUCGAGCAGACACAUCGCACGGGGAAGAUCGCCAGCCUGAUAGGGGUGGAGGGUGGACAUGCCAUCGGCACCAGUCUGAGUGUCCUGCGGAUGUUCUAUCAGCUCGGCGCACGAUACUUGACUCUCACACACACCUGCAAUACACCUUGGGCGGACUGCUGCAAAGUUGACGAGCCCGGGAAGUAUCCACACAUUGGCGGACUCUCGCAGUUCGGCAAGUUGGUGGUCAAGGAGAUGAAUCGUCUUGGGAUGAUUGUUGAUCUGUCGCAUGUGUCGGUGCCAACCAUGCUGGAUGCUUUGGCCGCCUCUAGGGCGCCGCUCAUCUUUUCGCACUCCUCGGCGCAUGCCAUCUGCAACAGUUCCCGCAAUGUGCCCGAUCAUGUCCUGCAACGCAUUGCAAUAAAUGGCGGUCUGGUUAUGGUCGCCUUUUAUCCACAUUUCGUCAGCUGCUCGGGACAGGCAACACUGCACGAUGUUGUUGCGCAUAUCAACCACAUAAGGGAGGUGGCUGGCAUCGAUCAUGUGGGCAUUGGUGCUGGCUACGAUGGAGUCAACUUAGUGCCCAAAGGACUGGAGGAUGUGUCCAAAUAUCCGCAUCUUUUUGCUGCUCUACUCGAGUCUGAUAAAUGGUCAGAGGAGGAUAUUGCCAAGUUGGCUGGCAGGAAUCUAAUACGUGUAUUCAAGGAAGUCGAAGCGGUGCGUGAUCAAAUGGAACUCCUGCGGGUGCCACCCAUUGAUCAGUCAAUUCCAGCCGAAGACAUUAUGGGCAGAUCCUAUUGUCGUUAUCAAGGACCAAGAACGUGAUAAUUUCUUCAUAUGUAAAGUUCAUCCCCCAUUCACACAUAUACAUAUAUUCAUCCACAUACAUAUACGUACACAUAUACACACAUAUACAAAUAGAGCGAAUCUCCCGCGGCGAGAGAAUAGCAAAAAAUUAUGUCAAGCGUACGUGUUGUAAAGUGAAACUUGUUUUAGGUUAAUUGACAAAGUUUUUCUUCGUUUUUUGUUUUUGUUUUUUGUUCGUGUUUUAUUUGUUGAGUAUUGUUUGCUUGUCUAUGUGUGUGUGUAGGCAACGCGGACACACUCAGUCAUACACAGAUACUCAGACAUUUUUCAAUCGCUCAGACCUGGGGCAGUGUUGGCCAGCUGGUGCCCGCCGCUGCCAGACAACUUUGUGCGCAGCUGGCAUCGCCCAUAAACAAAUACAAAGUGGCAAGCAGAGACUGCCACAUGCCACAUACCACUGCACCCCCAACCCCAACCCUAUCCACCUCUGUCCCUCCCACCCCCAGAUCCGCCAACAUUGUGUAAAUAUCAUUGCCAUGUUUAUUUUUAUCUCUAGCUCUAAGUCAGGCAGUGUCAGCGGAAAGAGUGGAAAAAGAUAACUAAAGAAAAAACCAGGAAAAAGCCUGGAAAAACAGCACACAAAAGCUAGGAAAAAAGUAAUCCCUAUAAUAGCUAAAGUAAAGCACAGUUAGCCCCAAAUUAAUAAAUCCGAUACAAAGUAAAAACGGGAAACCAAAAAACCAAAGCUGAUCCCCGAAAAGUCAAGAGGAAAAUCUAAUUUUUCAGGAAGUAUUUUUUCUAUGAAAAAGUUAUUAAAGUUUAUCAAAAGGAAAAAGAAAUAGCUAAUAGUUAAUACAUAAAAAAUACCUGUUACAGUUUUAUAUACAUUGUUGCCGGGCCAGUGGCCAUGGACCAGUGGGUUGGAGAGAUUGACACGAUUCCGAUUUACGAAUCGGGCUCAUUAAUCUCAGCCACUGAGCCGCUUUCAUUAGCCCGGCGAAUAUGUAUUCAAAAAGGUUUAAUUACAACGUUAUUCGUUUAAAGCGUUUUUAAUUUUGUUAUUAACCUAAAUGAAAUUUCCAUUUAAUAAGUUAAUUAACAUUAAACAUUUAAUUAGCAAAGGUUUUUAUUUAUAUGAAAAAAUACAGCAAAUAUAUAAAUGAGAAAAGCCAAAAAACAAAAAACCAAAAACAAAAAAACAAAAUGAAAGUUAUUCAAUGCACGCAUUGAAUGUAACCACAUUUUUUGCAUCAUUUGGCAAUUUGUAAGGCUUAAAUGCCAAUCUUUUAAUCAAUAUUCAAAUAAAGCAAAGCGUUGCGCUGCAAAGGAAAAACGGAAAAAUGAUGAUGGUAAAAAACAUAUUGUAUAAUUAAUAGAUCCAUACAAAAUUCAACCCGCCAAAAUUGCGAAUAAGUUCACAAGGAAAACCCAUUAAGCAUGAAAUAAUAUAUAACGACAAUUGUAUAGCCAGCAUAUGAGAAGAAAAGUUUGUUCAAGAACCAUUAAACGCAUAUAGAAACCAAUAAAAAAAAGGACAAACACUCUCAUACGAGUAUAUAGAUAUGUAUAUUUAAAUAUUUUGUUUUAAUUUAGUCAUCAAAGAUUUCGAGUUGGGUUUUUGUGGGGGUGGGGUUGGGAGGGUAACGAAAAGUAACCUUUGAACAAAUUUUUGCAGCUCAACUAAUAGAUUAGAUCCAACCUUUUUUUGGUUACCAAAAAAUACGAAACAUAUUUAAAGUUUAAGCCAGGCGAUGGGGAUGGGCGCAACAAAGUAAAGGCAAAAAUAACACAUGUGAUCAAAAAUAAAAUUAAAUUACAUAUAUAUAUAUUAUUACUAUUUAAUUACUACGAUAAUUUAAUGUUUAACAAGAGGAAAAACAAAAAUAAAAAGAACAACUUAUUGAGAAUUCCACAAUUUUUGAUUGCUGAUGGAAAUUGCAAACAAAAACUCAACUUUAUUGAUAACAAUUAGCAAAUAAUGAAAGCGAAAAGAAACCUAAUUAAAUGUAACCCGUAUAGAAAAAAUUCUCAAAAUGCUAACAGCGUUAAUACCCUGUAAAUAUUUGGAUGAAUACUGAUCAAAUUGUAAUAAUAAUUGAAUGGAAAAGUAUGUCAAGUUGUGAAAAAUGAAAAAUAACCAUAUUCAUGUGUGUAUAUUGGGAGGAUGUCGAUGUCGUAAAUGGCCAGCAGAAGAAUACCAACAGAAAUAUAAAUAAAUUCAUAAAAAUUAUACAAAAACA